UUAAUUGAGCCCUGGAAACCAAAAAGGAUGUUUGUUUUCGUGUGAGAAAUCACUGCCACGCCCUAUCAUUUAACAGCAAUACGUAAACACAUGGCAUGAACUGCAAAGAAUGUCCUUCAAAAGUGAAAAGAAGAAAUGCUGGUAACCUUUUAAUACAGGCAGCUUUGCAAGCUGAAAGAUUAGUUGUACCAGUCAGCCCGGAUAGAUCAGCACGAUGGAGGCCGAAAAGCGGGAUACACCUAAGAGCGAUGAUCCGUACCGCUGGAGCGACUACAUUCGCCCCGUCAGGAUAACCGUGUGGACGUGGAAAAUCUGUGGUCUUUACAAUGGGAAGCCACAGACUACACGGUACCGUGUGUACCGUGCCGUGUUCAACAUCUUCCUGAUGGUAGUGUACCUGUUCACGCUGUCGCUCAACGUGUUCGUGAUGCAAACGUUCGAGCAGCUGGUCCUGUACAUCAUGUACAUCGUGUUUACGGAGAUUGUCAUGGCACUGAAGGCGAUCGUCACCUACUACAAGUUCGAUCAGCUGUGUGACCUGUACCGCCAGACGCUCGGUAGUGACUUUCAACCGCUCGACGCCGAAGAAGAACAGCUGCACCGCAAGGGAGUCGCAAGUAUUAAUCGCUAUCUGUAUCCGUACCUCGUGACGACGAACUUGGCCGUCGCCAGUUCGUGCCUGUACCUGCUGCAAGACGAUUACCGGCUGCCCUACUUUCCCUGGAUACUGGGCAUCGAGUAUGGGCCGACGAAGCGUCUUAACUAUGGGGUGCUGUUUGCUUACCAGGUGAUUGGCAUGUAUCUGCACAUGCUGAUCAAUGUAGCGAUCGACGUGCAGCUGUCCUAUCUGCUCGGGAUGAUCAGCAUCCAGCUGGAUUUGAUUGGCAAACGUUUCCGCUCACUGCACACGUCCGAACAGUUCCGGGAGUCUUUCGUCGGCUUAAUGAACCACCAUGGAAAAGUGCAACGGAUGACCGCUGAAAUCGAGCAGCUCUUCUCGGCGGCAUACUUUGCCCAGUUCGGGUCGAGCGGUUUGGUGAUUUGUGCGUCCGCAUUCAAGACAUCUUCAAUGUUUAACCUGUACGAGCUGACCGCCAUCCAGAAUCUGCUCUACAUGCUGUCGAUGAUAUUUCAAAUGUUCUUACCAUGUCGCUUCGGCAAUGAGGUGACGCGCAAAAGCCACCUACUUCGGACCUCCAUCUACAGCUCCCGUUGGUACGAGAUGGGAUUGCAGGAGCGCAAAACGUUGCGUAUGUUGCUGCAGCGCAUGAACAAACCGCUCACGCUGAAGGCGUUCUAUUUUUUCAACUACAAUCUACAGGCGUUUACUACGACACUCAAUAUGGCCUAUUCGUUGUACGCAUUGUUGCAACGCAACGCAUUGAAGAAAGUUUAAUAUUAAUAUUGGUUCUAUCAAAGGACAU